CUCUCCCUCUUUCUCCCUACACACACACUUUCGUCUUCCUCGCCUCCGUCCGUCCGUCUUUUGCCAUCGCAUCGUCUCCUUUACCGCCCCGGCUCCAACGGCCCGGUUCUUUUUUCAAGAUAGCCCCACCUUAGCUUGGACGAUUUUCCAAAAUCCCUAUCUCUCCUGUGGUCUUUCUGGUCCUUCUGGUCCUUCUCUGCGUGUCUUUUUUUGUAGAUGACUCGUCCUCUCGACCUUGGUCUACAUGACGCCCAAUUCCCCAGAUGAAGCUCUCCACUUCCGAGGCAAGACCUUGACUCCCGAAAGCCCUCGUCCGCUGCACGUCGCGGAGCCGGCCAGAAUCCCGGUGCUCCAAAAUCAAAUGGAUCCUGUCUUCAAUGACACUUCGACUUAUGAGAGGUCCUCCGAAUAUCAUCACGGACUCAACUCCCAGGCGCAUCAAAAUGGAUUAAAUCCCUAUGCAUCCCAAGGCCCUUAUGUUGGGUUUGAAGCAAUGAGGGGAAAUGCGACCGGCUCCGCGCAACAAGCCCCGGAGCAACAGCCGCCGCCGCACUAUACCCAUCAUUCAUAUCAUCAUCAUCAUCACCAUCACCACGCACAAGGUAGCUUCCAACUUGGCUCUUUCAUACUGGAUGAGGGUUCGGUGAACAACCGAAAUAAUCACACAAUGCCUGCUGUGGCCACUAUCCCCAAGGCGUCUCUGCCGUCAGAUCGAUCUGCACCCUCGAAUCCGUACACUUCUACGAUCCUAGGAACAACAGCCACAAACUCUUCUCUAACCACAUUGCCUCCAUCAGAUGCCGCUGCCAUCAUAGCUCACCCUAUGCCCGAUGUCCCUCCCUCUUCUUCCCAUGCCGCCCAGAAUUACCCCAGUGCGAGUGAGGUAGAUCCUGCUAUUGCCAGCUGGACGACCUCGUUUCCCCCGUCCGAUCGCCUAGUCUCCCAGAACAAACCCGCUGAUAGCACCGGUGAGGAUGGUGUCGAUUUCCAAAACCUCCUCGAUAAUCUCCCCCCCUCCUCUACUGCUUUCUCUGCCCCUACCGUGGCAGAAACCGCCCCAUCUACGGCCGAUGCAUCUGCGCUCUCCCAAGCCGGAACGGACGACCUGGGACUUCCCCCGCGCCCUCCUCCCCAAGACAAACCCUCUAUCCAUCCCAACUACAAUGCUAGUGAUGACAUUCGUUCCUACCACCAGCUUCCCCCUAGUUCCUCCACCGCACAGCCCUCCUCCCCUUCCUAUCCCGCCCAACAAAGUAAUAAUUACCAGUCUAACCUGGGAGUAUCGCCUUUGGCAGCUGCUGGCGCCCCGGGAACCUCUGCGGGAGUCAGCGCGCUGCCCCCUCCCCCUGUGGCAAGCUUCCAGCAUGCAGAGCCUCAAGAGUCUGCUGCUGUUGGCGCCCCUGCUGCCACUGCUCCCAGUGCUGCUGCUACUGCCACCGCCGCUGCUCCGGCCACGGCCACUAAGAACAGUCGUGCGGAACGGAUAAGUACUCGACAGUCCAAAAGCAACGCCGAUGAAGAUACUCCUUGGGGUCCUGAAGUACAAAAGAAAUACGACGAGUUUCUUCAUGAUGAGAGGAUAUAUGUCACAGAAGGCCUUUGGGAUCGUUUCCCGCCUGGCUCUAGAUUAUUUGUUGGCAAUUUGCCUACAGAACGCGUCACGAAACGAGAUCUGUUCCAUAUCUUUCACAAGUUCGGCAAACUCGCUCAGAUUUCGAUCAAGCAGGCAUAUGGAUUCAUUCAGUUCCUAGACUCCUCUGCUUGCAAGAAUGCAUUAGAUUCGGAGCAGGGAGCCGUAGUCAGAGGACGGAAAGUUCAUCUUGAAAUCUCGAAGCCUCAGAGAAACACUAGACCUGGAACUGCGUCCGGGGAACAGCCCCGUGCGCCCCCUUCGAGACGAUCAAGGUCCCCUGAAUAUAGUCGAGGCGGUCCUUCUGGUAACCGCAACGCGCGAGUUCCGGGCGAGCGUUAUGACCGACCAUAUGAAUCCGGCAGAGUGCCUUUCAGCGACUUCAGGGACGAACCGACCCAUCGGCGACGCGAUGACUACCGUCCACCUCGGUCACCAUCACCACGUGCUUUCCGCGGCAGGGAUGGGUACAGGUCCCGGGAUCGGACUCCUGAGCGCUAUGAACGACGUGAGCGGCGGCGUUCUCGGUCUCCAUACGCCAGGGAUAGAAGGUACCGCAGCCCCAGUCCGCGGGCACGUGGGGCGUAUGAAUCAGAGACAGACAUACCGGUUCCCCGACGAGCUCCAAGGGAUGUCCCAGAAGUGCAGCUCCUAGUUCUUGAAGAAGUCGAUCGAAACUUCUUGUUCCACGUUGAGAACUCGUUCCGCAACCGGGGGCUUCGGGUCGAUAUUCUAGUACUUGGACCAAGGAUCCCACUCAGCGCUGCAGUUCAACGCCAGAUCCAGGAGGGUGUCCUCGCUAUAGUCAGACUAUCACGACCGAGCCAGUUUUCGAGAAAGAUUCCGCUGCAGGUGUUUGAUCGAAGUGGGGGUCAGGACAAUGUUCGGUCAAAUGAAUACCCCGAUGUUGAACCUAGCAUCGCCGCUGAGAUCGUGUUCCAUGCGCAAACCGUGCAACGUGGUGGGCCCCAUCCAUUCACACCAAACCCGGCGUUUGGUGUUCCUCUCCCUGCUCCGGCUGCCUCGGUGCCUCAGGCUGCUUUGCCUAGUGUGCCAAACCAGCCUAACAUCGCGAAUUUGAUUACAUCUCUCGAUGGACCUACUCUUCAAUCGCUUCUGGGAGUACUCCAACAGCAACAGCAGCGACCGUCAACUGUUCCCGGCGCGCAACAGCCAUUUCCCCAUGCAGCUGCUGCCCCUGCUGCCGCCACCCCGCAUACUACCGCGGAUCUUGCUAGUCUUCUGAAUGCUGCAACCCGACAGCCCAUUGCGGCAAAUCCGCAGCAGCCGCUAGCCCCCCAGCCCUUUCCUUUACAGACACCCAACGCUCCGGUGGUGUCGGAUCCUAAUUUGAUCUCAUUGCUUGCGAAAGGUCUGGGAGGCCAACAGUCGCAGAACCAGGCUGCGGUUGGCCACCAAGUACAAAACAUUAUGCAUCAACUGGGUAAAUGGAAGCAGUGAUGCAUGCUCUCUUCUCGACUACCUUCCUCACCUCGCUUCUUUCUUUUCUUCUUUCUAUUCUCUCUGACCUGCGGUCUUUG